UGUAAUUACAAAAUGCAAGAAAUGUUUUUGAAAACAUGCAAAAAAUAUUGAUAAUAAAUUACUAGAUAACCGUGUUUUCUCCACUUUUGCGGUUCGAGAGCUGUCCUUGGUGCUGACAAGCUGCAGAACGCUCUUCAUUUCUGCAACGAGUUGCAUUAAUUGCUGAAAAUGAAUGUCCUUGGAGUAUAAAUGUCAGUUGGAAGAUAUCUGUCAAACAGACCAGUUAUAAAAAUGAGUGAUUUAGGGGGAGAAAAGCAUUUUUUAGCAGAAUUGUGCAACUAAAUUUAAGAAAAGGAAAAAAUGAUGUGCUUUUUUCUUUACAUUUACCAAAAGAGUAAUUUAAAUAACAUUAACAUUCUAAAUCACAUUCAAAAACAGGCUCAUGCAAAAAAAAAAAAAAAUGCGUGGGUUGGAUGCGCAACCGCUGCGCAAAAUCUCACAAAAGGACAUAUUUUGCUUAUUAUCCUAUAGUUAUAAGGAUGUGUAGAUAUAUGUAUUUAUCAAAAAUAUUUUACAACCAAAUGCAAUUCUUAUAUAAGCCAUUUUUAUGCAGAUUUGAGCAUCUCUCCAUGUUAGAAAUUCGUUUAUCUGAUAAAGGAGGCCUCGUGAAUUCACGUUCAUUUAUUCUGGGCGCCUGUUGGUUCAUUCACGCGGGACUGGUGCGUGGAACAGGUGAAAUGUUUGGUCAUUUCAUUCAUGCGUGAUGCCGGGAAAUCCUGCGCAACCGCCUUCCUUCUGAAGGUCUGGACGUUUUUUUUUUGUUUUUUUUGUCUGUGUGAAUUCUCUGCCACGCAUGCAUGCAGGCAGUAACGCUCCUUCUCCGUGACACUUCAUCCGUGCGCGCGUGCGGGGCGUGACGGCCGCGGCAUUCGGACACUCUCUCACUCCCUCUUCUUUCUCUCUUGCUGCAGAGAUUCCUGCGCUCACGCGCCUGUCACCAGCUGGACCCCAAACUCACGAGGAAAAUGAGGAGGAAAAGCUAAAAAAAAACUAUUCAUUUUUUUCUUUCGUUGCUUUUUGGCAUUUUUUGUUAAUCCACUGACCGUUUUUGAAGGAGGAAUAUGGAUGAGCAAGCUAAGGGAAGUGGCUAAGGAUUUUCCAAAGGUUUGGAUGUGCAGGAGCUGCUUACAUCAGAAGAGGCAACAGGCAUGAUUUCAAUGUAGCAGCACGAAGUCAUCUUUACGCACGCGUUUUUUACUCCAUAUCUCCUCUUUUUUAAGAGAAAUACGGAUUUCUAAAGGAUUACAAAAAUGGCUCAUUUAAUAAGACACAAGCUCACUAACAAACUGACCAACGCGGCCCACACAGUGUCCCACAAAUCUCAAGCCAAGGUCAGCGGGGUGUUCGCCCGACUGGGCUUCCAAGCGGCCACGGACGAGGAGGGUCUGGGCUUCGCGGAGUGCGACGACCUGGAUUAUGACUACAGGCAAGGGAUGCAGAUGGAUGUCCUCCAGGGAGACGAGGAGGGAGGAGGAGGCAUGGAUGGAGAGGGGGAGCUGGAGGGGGACAGCCACUACCAGAGAGAUGGCACCGGCCCAAGGUCCUCCACCCUGAAAUCUGGGGGGUCUUUGGACGAGGACAAGCCAAAAAUAACCUCAUGGGAAGCUGGUUGGAACGUCACCAACGCCAUUCAGGGCAUGUUCGUCCUCGGCCUGCCGUACGCCAUCCUCCACGGUGGAUACCUCGGCCUCUUCCUCAUUAUCUUUGCGGCUGUGGUGUGCUGCUACACCGGCAAAAUCCUCAUCGCGUGUCUGUACGAGGACAACGAGGACGGGCUGAAGGUGCGCGUCAGGGAUUCCUACGUGGACAUCGCCAACGCCUGCUGCGCGCCCCGCUUCCCGGCUCUGGGGGGCCACGUGGUGAACGUGGCGCAGAUCAUCGAGCUGAUCAUGACCUGCAUCCUGUACGUGGUGGUGAGCGGGAACCUGAUGUACAACAGCUUCCCGGGCUUCCCCGUCUCGCAGAAGGCCUGGUCCGUGGUGGCCACGGCCGCACUCCUGCCCUGCGCGUUCCUGAAGAACCUCAAGGCCGUGUCCAAGUUCAGCUUCCUCUGCACGGUGGCGCACUUCAUCAUCAACAUCCUCGUGAUCGCCUACUGCCUCUCCAGGGCGCGCGAGUGGGCCUGGGAGAAGGUCAAGUUCUACAUCGACGUGAAGAAAUUCCCCAUCUCCAUCGGCAUCAUCGUGUUCAGCUACACAUCCCAGAUCUUCCUGCCCUCCCUGGAGGGGAACAUGCAGAAGCCCAGCGAGUUCCACUGCAUGAUGGACUGGACUCACAUUGCAGCCUGCGUCCUCAAGGGCCUCUUCGCCUUGGUGGCCUACUUGACGUGGGCAGAUACCACCAAAGAGGUGAUCACAGAUAACCUGCCUUCAACCAUCCGUGCUGUGGUGAAUCUCUUCCUUGUGGCCAAGGCGCUGCUGUCCUACCCCCUGCCGUUCUUUGCUGCAGUUGAAGUCCUGGAGAAGUCCUUGUUCCAGGAUGGGGGGAGAGCCCUCUUUCCUGACUGCUACAGCCCCACUGGGCAGCUGAAAACGUGGGGUCUGGGCCUCCGAGUUGCCUUGGUUGUUUUUACCCUCCUGAUGGCUGUCUUUGUCCCCCAUUUUGCCCUCCUCAUGGGUUUGACGGGGAGCUUGACCGGCGCAGGCCUGUGCUUCCUCCUGCCGAGCCUCUUUCACCUGAAGCUCCAGUGGAGAAACCUCCUCUGGCACCACGUCUUCUUUGAUGUUUCCAUUUUUGUCAUUGGGGGCAUCUGCGCCAUUUCCGGCUUCAUCCACUCCAUUGAAGGCCUCAUAGAGGCUUACAGGUACAAUAUCCAUGACUGAGCUAGAACAAUCAGUCCCCCUUAAGGCUACAAUUGAUCACUUUACAUAAGAGGAGGAUUUUUUUUGUGAAAUGUACAUCUAUUAUUUUGCCUUCGUGAUAAUGUGCAAUAAUAAACUCUACAGUCUUAGUGUAAAGUAGUUGGCUCAUUUGAAGAAAAAAAAAGUGUUUUGUAAGAAAAAUCUCUCAGAUCUCUAGAAUAUUCAAGCAUUACAAUCCAGAUGUCAGUGUUCAUGCAGUGCCAGUGUGGAAUUUACUGUGAGUGUGUAUGUGUUUCUAUCUGGGGAAUGAAAUAUGUGAUAAACAAUGGAGUUAAUAUGUUAUUGUCGGUUUAAUGGACUAUCAUUGAUCCUUGAAAGAAGACACCCUUUGGACCACAUGGUGCUCAGUGACCCAUAAAUAACCUCUGUGUUUGAACUGAUUUUUUUUUUUAAUUAUUAUUGUUUUCUGGUGUUUAUUUUUUCAUUUUUUUGGACAAUUAUAUUCCACGUUUCUCGUGUUUUUGAAUGAUGUGAAUCAAGUGCAAAUAAGUGGGUCCUAUGUGUUACCUGAAACCGUCUCUUCCUGCUGAAUUUGUUCAUUGUGAUUUAAUGGAACCAAACAAGCUGUGUGAGACAAAAAAGAGUAUUUGUUGAAACAAGAGAUAAAUAAAUUGAAUAUUUUAUGGC